AUGCCCCAACUCAACCCCGCCCCCUGAUUUGCUAUUUUAGUAUUCUCAUGACUGGUUUUCCUAACUGUUAUUCCCCCCAAAGUCCUAGGCCACACCUUCACAAAUGAGCCUACUUCACAAAGCACUGAAAAAACUAAACCUGAACCCUGAAACUGACCAUGACACUAA